AUGCUAUCGCUAAAGAAAUCAGCGCUCUCCAAGUUGGCUUUGCUCAGGAACACAAGGACAUUUGCAUCGUCAGCUUUGGUGCGCCAAACACAGGGCUCUAUAGACGGUUCCGCGUCCAGGUCUGCAGACGGGAAAUACCACAUAAUAGACCACGAGUAUGACUGUGUGGUAAUUGGUGCCGGUGGUGCUGGUCUUAGAGCCGCCUUUGGUCUUGCCGAGGCGGGCUACAAGACUGCUUGCAUAUCCAAGCUUUUCCCUACCAGAUCCCAUACUGUUGCUGCCCAAGGUGGUAUCAAUGCCGCUUUGGGAAAUAUGCACAAAGAUAACUGGAAAUGGCAUAUGUACGACACUGUGAAGGGGUCUGAUUGGCUGGGUGACCAGGACUCCAUCCAUUACAUGACUAGAGAGGCGCCCAAAUCGAUCAUCGAACUGGAACACUACGGUGUACCUUUCUCAAGAACUGAAAACGGUAAGAUCUACCAAAGGGCUUUCGGUGGUCAGACCAAGGAGUACGGUAAGGGUGCUCAGGCUUACAGAACUUGUGCUGUCGCGGACAGGACAGGACAUGCCCUUUUGCACACGCUUUACGGCCAAGCUUUAAGACAUGACACACAUUUUUUCAUCGAAUACUUCGCCCUCGAUCUGUUGACCCAUAAUGGCGAGGUCGUGGGUGUCAUUGCUUAUAAUCAGGAAGAUGGUACCAUCCACAGAUUCAGAGCACACAAGACCAUCAUUGCCACUGGUGGCUAUGGUAGGGCAUACUUCUCUUGUACUUCCGCUCACACAUGCACGGGUGAUGGUAAUGCCAUGGUUUCGCGUGCUGGUUUCCCCUUGCAAGAUUUAGAGUUUGUCCAAUUCCAUCCUUCAGGUAUAUAUGGGUCUGGUUGUUUAAUCACUGAAGGUGCUCGUGGUGAAGGUGGCUUUUUGGUAAAUUCUGAGGGUGAAAGAUUUAUGGAACGUUAUGCUCCUACGGCUAAGGAUUUAGCUUGUAGAGAUGUCGUUUCCAGAGCAAUCACCAUGGAGAUCAGAGAAGGCAGAGGUGUUGGUAAGAAAAAGGACCACAUGUACUUGCAAUUGAGCCAUCUACCUCCGGAAGUUUUGAAGGAAAGAUUGCCAGGUAUUUCUGAAACAGCAGCCAUUUUUGCUGGUGUAGACGUUACCAAGGAGCCUAUUCCAAUUAUUCCUACCGUGCACUAUAACAUGGGUGGUAUCCCUACGAAGUGGAAUGGUGAAGCAUUAACCAUCGACGAAGAAACGGGUGAAGACAAGGCCAUCCCUGGUUUAAUGGCGUGUGGUGAAGCCGCAUGUGUUUCUGUCCAUGGUGCCAAUAGAUUGGGUGCCAAUUCUUUAUUGGAUCUUGUUGUCUUUGGUCGUGCUGUUGCCCAUACGGUCGCUGACACUUUACAACCUGGGUUGCCACACAAACCACUACCUUCCGAUUUGGGUAAAGAAUCCAUCGCAAACUUGGAUAAACUGAGAAAUGCUAAUGGAUCAAGAACUACGGCAGAAAUUAGAAUGAAUAUGAAGCAAACAAUGCAAAAGGAUGUUUCCGUCUUUAGAACACAAUCAUCUUUGGAUGAAGGUGUCCGGAACAUUACUGCGGUGGAGAAGACUUUUGAUGACGUCAAGACGACGGACAGAUCAAUGAUUUGGAAUUCUGAUUUGGUCGAAACAUUGGAGCUACAAAACUUGCUAACUUGUGCCUCACAAACUGCUGUUUCUGCCGCUAAUAGAAAGGAAUCCCGUGGUGCUCAUGCAAGAGAAGAUUAUCCAAAUAGAGAUGAUGAGCAUUGGAUGAAGCACACUUUAUCUUGGCAAAAGGACGUCGCUGCCCCAGUAACUUUGAAGUACAGGAAGGUUAUCGAUCAUACAUUGGACGAAAAGGAAUGUCCCUCUGUACCUCCAACUGUAAGAGCCUACUAG